AUGAUUAUUGAAGCUAAGAAGAUAAGAGUUCGUAAGGAACUAAAAACAUUGCAAAAACUGGACUCAGAUUUUGUGGUCAAAUACAGUUUUGCAUGGAUAGAAGCAAUGCAUCUCUACAUUCAGAUGGAGUACUGCUCGCAAACACUCACAGCUGUACUCAAAGACAAACGACAAGUAUUUGACAAACAACCGACGGAUGCGAUGAAUAUUUACGAGUAUUUCAUUUCUUGCGAAAUAUUUCGGGAACUCUUAGAAUGUGUGCAAUAUUUGCAUGGAUUGAACCCUCCAAUCAUUCACAGAGAUAUUAAACCCGACAAUAUAAUGAUUUUACUCAAUGGCAAUAAUAAUAGAUUUCUAAAACUGGGUGAUUUUGGUUUAGCUGUCGAACACAAUAGAGCGUCCCAAAGUCACACACGAGGGGCGGGAACUCCACAAUAUAUGGCACCAGAAGUGGGUCUCUAUAGAAACUAUGAUAUAAAAGCAGAUAUUUAUAGCGUUGGAAUUAUUGGUUUAAAAUUGUUUGAAGUAAACACAAUGCUAGCGUGA